CAGCAGCUGACGGAGCUGUCAAAACAGCCGACAGGAGGAGAACGAGACCGUCUGCUGGGCUGGAGCCAUGAGGACUAGUGAGUUUGACUCUUCAUCUGAAGAGGAGGAUGUUGGAGAGGAGCAGCUGACGCCCUUCCACGUCUCCUGGUUACCUCUGUCCAUAGUGGAGUGCUCACAGUUUCUUGGGAUAUGCGCACUACCAGGUUGCAAAUACAAAGACAUCCGCAGGAGUCUGGAAAGAGAUGUUGAGGAGCUCCAGAACCAGGGGGUGCAGGAGGUGUUUGUGUUCUGCACCAGAGGAGAGCUUAACAAGUACAGGGUUCCCUCCCUGCUGGAGGUCUACCGGCAGCGAGGCUUCACAGUUCACCACACGCCCUUCCAGGACGGAGACGCUCCGGAGCUGGAACAGUGCUGCCAGAUCCUCCAGGAGCUGCGGGUCAGCCUCGAGAACAACAGGAGGACUGUGAUCCACUGCUACGGAGGACUGGGACGCUCCGGAUUGAUCGCUGCCUGUCUGCUGCUUCAGCUCUCUCUAACAAUGACGGCAAACAAAGCCAUCGAAAUCCUCAGAGAGCACCGAGGAGGAGGAGCCAUACAAACCGUGAAGCAAUACAACUUCCUCCAUGAGUUUCGGGAAAAGUACACAGCCUUCCAAGAAAGCAGGGAGGUUUCCACAGAGCGCUCAGUGUCCCGGUGAUCACUUCUCUACAAAUCUGUGAGCUGUGAAAAUAUUCAUCUCAUUUGUUCAGCGAUCCUCUCCUGAUUGUGUGUGAUAUGUAAUUGUAUUCUCGAUUGAUUGCACUUUAACAGAAUACUCUAAUAUAUUGCUUUUUUUCUCCUCCUCAUUAUAAUCAAAUGAAAGACUUGAGGAUAACCUGGUGGGGUGUUUAUUAGCAGGUUUACAACAUGUAUGCAUUGAUAUUACAUUUAAAACAUAAUGGAGGUGUUUGUCAUGAUUGUUGAGGAUGUCAACUGAGAAAAGGUCUUCUUUUGUGUCUGUACUCUAUUUUUAUGUCCAAUGAACUGCAUUUUCUGAAAUACCGUCUUCUCUCAAUCUGUACUACAAAUCAGUACUUUCCUACUCAACAUUAUUCAUCCUAACAUUUUUUUAUUAGCCACAUCGCUAGCAUGGCUAAUAAAAUAUGUAUUUUUGCCACUCAUGAACUCAUGUCCGUUAAAAGGUUUUGAUUUAAAACAACAUUCCAGUCCUUUAUAACAGAGUGGGAUAGUUUUAUUUAGAUUCAAAUAAACUCAAGUUGUCGUUUCCUAGAUGUGACAUGAUGGGAUCUAAUACAUAAGACUUUUGAUGUUAUCUGUGACAAAUGACCAUAGCUUCCCCUGAUAAAUGUACACAUUUGAAAAAUGGCAAUAAAUACUCUAGUAUUUAUGAAAAUCUCAGUCUAAUGUCUUUUGAUUCUAUUGAGAAAACAAACAUUUCCAGAUUCCAUUACUGGAAAUGAGUCACUGCGUGGAGUGCUUUGAUAUCUUGGACAUAAAAAAUAAAAUUAAAAAAACGUUGAAUAAAUAAACACUGGAGUUUGCUAAUGUGGAAUAGUUUGUGGUGAAAUGAACAAAACGCACAAAUGACAGUCUUAAGAAAUCUCAAAAGGUACAUUCAACAGUAUGGCAUACUCGCAGUUUCCAAAGUAAUGAGGAGAAUAACAAGUACUGUUGCUUCAUAAUUGCUUGGAUAUAUUAUUGUACUGUUGAGUCUACCUUCUAUUUAUCGAUAGCUGCGAGGGGCGAUUCUACAGAAAUACAGGUCACACAUUGCUGGCUACUCUGGAUUCACACACAACAAAUAUUGCCAUUGAUUUCAACAGGGAUUACAUAAUGGAAAUGCGAUGAUGGAUGAGUCUGAAGUAUGGAAAGAAUACAUCAGAUAGUUUCUAAAAACUGAUGUGACAACCAGAUAGUGAUUGUCCCUGUGCAACAUGUUCCACUAAGUGAUAACAACCCAUGCACUUCAGCCCUCACUGUACAAAACGGCUCCUUCAAAUCCCAAAACGUCCAUUUUAAAAGAGCUUAUGCAUCUGUGAGCAAUAACAUUAGUGUAGUUUGCAUUUAACCAUUUGUUUUAGUGAUGAUAAUGACUCACGCUGCAGAGUAAUAAAUUAGCUGUUAAAGCCCAGAAUGUAAUUCACAGGAAAAAACUAAUGCAGUUCACUAAACAGCUCAGAUUCUCACAGAUAACGCACACCUGAAAAUGUCUACCUAAAUCUGUAAACACUCAAAAGUUGGGAGCCAAGAUUGAAAAAAAAAAAAAAAAAAAAAAAAAAUAA